AUGUCUGGCUCCAACCACACCGGCACUUUUUUCUUCCUAACAGGCCUCCCAGGCCUUGAGGCUGUGCACACCUGGCUCUCCAUCCCUCUGUGUGCCAUGUAUGUGGCAUCUCUGGCAGGAAACAGCCUGAUCCUAUGGGUGGUGAAGUCAGAGCCCUCCCUGCACCAGCCCAUGUACUACUUUCUGUCAAUGCUGGCAGUGACCGACCUGGGCUUGUCUGCCUCCACACUGCCCACCAUGCUCACAAUCUACAUGCUGGGUCUCAGGGAGGUGGCGGUGGAUGUGUGCCUGGCCCAGCUCUUCUUCAUCCACAGCUUCUCCAUCAUGGAGUCCUCUGUGCUGCUGACCAUGGCCUUUGACCGCGUUGUGGCCAUCAGCAACCCCCUGCGCUAUAGCACCAUUCUCACGAGUCCCCGGAUUGUCCGGAUGGGACUGGCCAUCAUGGUGCGCAGCAUCGGUCUCGACAUCCCGGCCCCCAUCAUGCUGAAACAGCUGCCUUACUGCCGCAAUUUCCGGCUCUCUCACUCCUACUGCUUGCACCCAGAUGUCAUGAAACUGGCCUGUGCUGACACCCACAUCAACAGUGCCUAUGGUCUCUUUGUAGUGCUCUCCACGCUGGGUGUGGACGCGGUGUUCAUUGUCCUCUCCUAUGCGCUGAUUCUCCACACAGUGCUGUCUAUUGCCUCCAAGGCCGAGCGCCUCAAAGCCCUCAACACUUGUGUCUCCCACAUCUGUGCUGUGCUGCUCUUCUACACACCUAUGAUUGGCCUAUCCAUGAUCCACCGAUUUGGGAGGUGGGUUUCCCCAUGCAGCCUUGUACUGCUCUCCUAUCUGCACUUUCUCACACCUCCAUUGCUCAACCCCAUUGUCUACACUAUCAAAACCAAGCAGAUCCGAAGGAGGAUGCUGCGUCUCUUCUGGUGGAAUAGAAGUAGCAAUAGGGACAAAGAGCAUAAUUAA